AGCUUUUCUUAAUUUUUGUAUUCAAGGACAUAUAAAUAUAAUAUAUUUUGUAUACUAUAAUCUUCUCAUCAAAGGCAGAAAUAUGAAAUAAUAAUUUUAAAAAAGAUACAUAAAAAAACCCGACUGGUUUUGAAUGUUUGGUCCCUCCCUUGUUUCCGUAGUGCAUUUGUUGUGGUUCUUUUGUAUCCGGAAGAAUAUAUGAAGCUAGCUCGUUUGCUAAUUUAAAUAUAACUUCUUCCGCAUAUGUUAGAACACAUGUUGUAUGUUUAAAUCUCUAUAUUUAGAAAGUACGCAAUUGUAACUUGUAUGUGUAGCUUUUUGCUGGCUUACUACUGCUUUAUAUGAUGCUAUAGCAAGCUAGCCUCCAGGAGCUAAGUCACAAAGUGCAGCAUGAAACCCAUGAUACUGAGGCAGUGUCUUCUCCAUGGACCUAGUGGAUCAUGCCUCUGAUCCUGUUUGCCUUCGUGGUUCGGCUCAGGGAUGGACUCCCCCUGUCGGCCUCCACAGACUUUGAACACUUCCGAGAGCUCCAGGAGAGGAAGCAGCAGCUCAGGACCAUCAGCAAGACCCUGGCCCGAUUCCCUGAGAGAGGGACCGUCAAGGGCCAGGAGCUCAACAUAUUCUUCAUCUCUUCAGAGGGAGUGUCCUACAUGACGGUGUGUCACUGCAGCCUCCCUGUGGCUAAGGCCUUCUGCUUCCUGGAAGACCUGCGCUGGGAGUUCACAACAUGCUUCAAUAGCACUGCUGUUUCCCUGGCAGACAGGCCAUAUCCAUUUUUGGAAUUUGACAGCACCAUUCAGAAGCUGAAGCAGCAGUACAACCAGAGCGGGGGUCCGGCGCUGGAGGUGACGUUGGCAGAGGUCCAGGGGGAUCUGAUCAUCCAUCCACCGCAAGAAAUUAACCUGGAGGAAGUGGACCUCACCAACGGCACUGCUAAUGGACACAUGGAGCAAGGCCCUGCAUCAGGUCAGAGUGUUAGACUGGAACCAGUGACGGCGCCAGGCAUCCUCUCUCUGGUUCUUAAUAUCGUGUGUGCAUCGUUGAACAUAAUCCGUGGUGUUCACCUCAUAGAGUACACAUUUCAGGAUGAUUAUGAAGGCAUCUGGAACGUUGUGGCGUUUCUGCUGGCGUUUGUCUGUUGUGUGUGUCAGUGCCACCUCUACCUGUUCCACUCCUCUCUGAAGAAACACAAGUCCUUCGCUCUGCUGAGUGUGAUCGUCCUAUGCAACCUCUACCUGCUCGGCCUGAGGAACCCGUGGCAGCUGCUCUUCCACAUCUCAGUGGCCUGCAUCUCCACCCUCCUCAUCCUCCGCCGCAAACUCAUAGACAGAAGCAAUGACUGUGGAGUCUGAGGAUGAGAGGACAUUUUACUACGUUGCAGCGCGCACAGCUUGAGGUAUGAAGAGGGGCUGUGUCAUAACGGACAAUUAUAACUACAAGUUGGUAUUUUCUUCUAUACAUUAUGUACUUGCACUUUGUGUACAUUUGUUUUCAAGAGAAUGAAAGUGACUAUUUCUGGAACUUUAAAAUGAUCUGCAAAAGCUUGGAGGUUUUAGAAAACAAAAUGUUUGUGCCAUCCUGUUCCAAAAAUGUUUUUUAGGAAAGUUGUUUGUGUCAGAAUUGCUGACCAAAGUUUUUCAUGAAGAUACAAUCCAGUCCUACUUGCUAUUUUUAAGCAUUUCAGCUCUCGUACUGCUCAGUAUUAUUUCUGCUUUACAGGCUUCGAUUAUCUCUGUGUAAUCAGUUUACAUCGCUGAGUGACAGUUGGUGAUUGUAACACAUGUUAGUUAGUAGUGAUAUAUCUGCUUUGGUAAUGGUGGGUUUCAUUUGAGGUCAGAAACAGUCGGGUAACGCGGACAAUGCAGCUUUUUUUAAAUGUAUUUUGCAUUAUUUAAUCAUUAGGCUUCAGUAAAACCCUAAUGCAGAGGUGUAAUUAUUAAUCUGGGGGUUGUUUCGCUCCUUAUUGUAUGAAAAAUAUUGUUUUAUUUUGUUUGAUUGUGUUGUCUUAUACACCGGCAAGUGCUCAGCUAGUCAUUGCAAAGGAUCAAAUGUAAGGGCUCCGUUAUUUAAUGACUCCAUUCAAUACUGAGGGAAUAUAAGUGUUAUAUUAAUUCUGUUUAAGGCAUGUUAUAUUAAGUGAUAUUUAAGAGACAUUUAUCACAUCAACUACAUUUUUGUACGAUCAAAGCAGAUUCUUUUUUCUACUGAUCUCGCCAUUUUUAAAUUGUAAAAACUGCGGGUAUAAAUAUGAAGGCACUGAUUUUAUGGGUAAAAUUGUUUUGAAAUGAGUUGGAGUUUAUUUAUUUGGACUGCACUAUUAGGCUAAGAUUAGUUUUGCGUUGGUUACGGCGAUUAUUCUUGAAUGUGCUGCAUAUCGGGUUCAGCUUUUUAUAUCCUGAUUUAUGUUUAUUGUAUGUAGCUCUCAGAUUCCUAUAAACAUAUCAAAUCA